CGCCAACUAGUCCCGGACGAUUCGCAACAGUUGGAUUCCUUGAGAAAAACAGGAGAUUCACCCACGGGCGGAUAAACAAGUCUGUGAGAGCUUCGAAUUAACAAGAAGACCAAUAAUUGUAUUAAAAAUAUUAUAAAGAUGUCAAAGUUCAAUAAAGGAACGUUGUUAAUGAAAGCAGCGAGGAUACCCUCAAAUGACCAAAAUUUUGCAAUAUUAUGGUUUGACGCAGUACCAACAUAAACUGUAGUCAACAGUAUUACGAUAUUUUUAUCGUAUUAAUAUGGAUUCUCCACCAUCUUACUCACUAAGUAUAACUGGACCGCUGAGCGAUAUUGCCAGUAGCGGUAUUGGAGUCUCCAUAUCUAGUGACUCUGUUCGAGCCCAAUUUGCAACUACAGAGCUACAGGAAAGCGAUAUGGAGAGUAAAUCUUUAUCGCAAGAUUCGUUUGAUUAUUCGGAUGGUAUGCACGGUGAGAAUUUUAAUACAUUGAAAAAAGGGCCUACUUGGACAGAUGUUCUGUCCGCUGCUGCUGCAACAGUGGCAGAGCAAAGAAAAUUAGAAGUAGUCGAUAUCGCUAUCAAACCUCCACCAGAAUUUCAAGACAGCCCAUCGCCACCUGACACUUCCACUUCGUCUUUAGAACCACUGUCUAUGGAUACCAAAACUGUUUUAAGCGUCAGAAGGAGAGUCGCAUAUCCCUGUAUUCGAGAGUUCGCGGAAAGUUUAGUUGAAACAAUAGUGGAAGAGGCCUUGGCCAUGUCGUGUAGAAUAUCUUGGCCCGAUGGAAAGAUAACUUUAAAGCCUACAAAACACACUCCUAAUACAGAAGCAAUGCACAUAAAUUGCAAUAAUCGAAUUAAUAAAAACAGUUCAACGCGAGUGUGGAUGUCGGAUUACAUGACGUCCUCUUCGCCGGGGCUGGCUACUGCCGGCUAUCAGGGUACGAUAACUAUUACGCCUUUUAGUACGCUUAAUCGUCCAAAUUCACGCUCGUCGCUCGCCUCGUCACGGCUUUCGAGCUCCCACAAUUCCAUCAAUACAACCGGUUUGAGCAACAAAGCCGACGACAGUAGCUUUAUCACCUCGGCAAUGUCGCACGACAUUCUCACAACCAGUCAAAUAAGCGACAUGUACAACGUACCCUUCGACUCGGAUAUCUACACGGUGCCCAUCGACAUGGUACGACCUCUUCAUCACGAACUCAGGACACCCCAGCGACCGAAACGCCACAAGCAUCAUCGCAAAAGGAGACGGAAUACCUCGGCGAGCUCUCAAAGCGAACUAGACUUUCACAUGCAGCAUCAACAGGCGAGACAUUAUUGCGGGGGGAUCCUGAAUAAGCCGAGGACCAUAAGUCACGUGGCCAAGUCGCAAAAGAUGCUGGCGGACGUUUGCUGUAGCGAUGUCAAUGCUGCGACAGCAUCCGCUAAUGCGACCGUCAAUGGUGCCUGUGGUACAAAUGGUAAGAGGCACAGCGUAGUUGGCAGCUCGUUAACGGUUGUCACAGCAGCUGCCCAGAGUCGCCAGCAACAGCAGCAGCAACAGCAACAACAACAGCAGCAACAACAGCAGCAGCAGCAUCACAGGCAAUUAACGAAAUCGUCGAAUAGUCAGGUUAGAAAUAUCGGCGAGCCUAUCCAUAUGACGCUGCACGAAGUGAGACAGUACCUGCAAACUCUGUACUCGUCCGGUUCGAGCGAGAGCUGCAGCGAGGUGAAAAUGAAGCGCGACAAAAUGGCAAAGAUGUUGCCCCAGCAGAGUAUCGGCCAACUCGCGGCAAUGCCCAAACUCCUCAAUUUGAACAACAACAACAAAUACAGCAAUCCCCUGAAUACGGAAUCCUCAACAACGAACACGCCUAUAUCGAACAAGAGUAGCAACGGCCUCAUACAGCAAUCGAUAACCUUAACCAAUAUAAAUAACAAUAAUAAUAACAAUAACAAUGGUAGUAGUAAUACGAAGAAGCAUAAGAAGAACUCGCUUUCCACCCUCAAGCACAAAAAAGUGAAAGACGAGCAGAUGCAGCGAGGGGACGACCUGAGAGCGUUGGACGGGGGGAUGGAUAGCAACACCGGAAAUAGUAAUAGAGAGAAAAUAAAGAAGAGUCAGCGCAACUUUUCGCUUAAUCUUAAGCAGACUCUUUGCAACAUCUUCAGGUUCAGAAAGAUCGGCUCACCGGAGCAUCAAUUUGUCACGAAGCGGAAUAACGUGAUGCAGCAACAGCAUCAGCCAGUAGCUGAUGUUAUAGUCCAGGACGAAGACGACCUUGUGGCGGAUUACGAGCAGCAUCCGUCUCAGCAAGUAAACAAUAAUAACGGCAUUUCAUUGAGCGGUGACUUCGAUAACGUGGAGAACGCGACGACGACGGCGAUGACGACGACGACGACGACGACGACCGGGACGACGGCCCAGAAGUUGCCUUUCUUUAAGCGCGCCUUGCCCCCGUUGCCCAAGACUGUGAGCAACGGACACAUUGAGGCCACGAGCGAGAGCCUCGCCAAUGACGGCGUCAUCGUAAACGGGACCCUCGGCGCACUACCCAGAUGCGAAUCGCCCGUGAAUUCCAUGCAUCAAGUGCCGCAGCCGAGGUCUCAUCAACAAGCGGUGCCGACGGAAAAUGUCGACGAGCCACUCAACGAGGAUACCAGCAUGGACUUUGCAGCUAGCAUAGAGAAGGUCAAAGAUUAUGGCUGGUAUUGGGGUCCCAUUAGUGGUGAGGCUGCUGAGAAAAUUUUAUCCAACGAACCCGACGGAUCCUUCAUCGUUCGAGACAGCAGUGACGACCAUUACAUAUUUUCAUUAUCGUUUAGACUUAACAGUUGCGUUCGACACGUUAGAAUCGAACACGACCAAGGCAACUUCAGUUUCGGCAGCUGCACCAAGUUCAAGUCACACACGAUCGUGGAUUUCAUCGAGAACGCGGUGGAGCACUCGCGAAGCGGUCGCUACCUCUUCUUCCUCCAUCGGCGUCCCGUCCUCGGGCCCAUGCGCGUCCAGCUUCUGCAUCCGGUCUCGCGCUUCAAGCAGGUUCAAAGCCUCCAGCACACCUGUCGCUUCGUUAUUCUGAAGAUGGUGCGCAAGGAUCUGAUAUCGACAUUGCCACUGCCCCGGCGGCUGAUCGAUUAUCUCAGCGCGCCUCAUUAUUAUAGCGAGCAGUUGGCCUGCGAGCAGGAGGAGCGAGUCGAGUCCCCUGUUAGUUCAUCCACUGGUGAGCUCGAGAAGAUCUGCUUCACGCCCCAGGGCUUAUCGUGAGCGGCGGCGACGAGCGCCUCAACGCGCCUCGGCCACGCCGACCUUCUUACCCCUCAACGUGCAUUACUAACGUUACAAUGACGAUGACACGAAUUGUACGAUAUAUUGUAGCGAUAUUAACGGAUGGAUGUGCGUAGUUAUAUAUUAGAUGAAUGGGGAUUUGUGCGCGAAUGAGCGUAGAGAGAGAGAGAGA